UGCGUCACACAGACCAAUACCAGCUAGGAUUCCUUUUCACAAAAUCAAGUCCGAUAUUUCAAAUCAGGCACUAAAAUAAUAUUUACUCUCAAUCAUAAACUGAAUCCCGACUCAGCGUUUUGAUUUCUUUGCGCUAUCCAAUUGUAUCCAAAAGUUUUUCACUCUGCAGAUACGAUUUGUAUUUUUCUUCGAGUCAAUUUUGAAUUAAUCUACAUUUAUUUAUUAUUUCUCAUUAAGGACAUUUUCUAUAGUUUCGAGGUUUGUUAGAAUAUAGCGAGCGAGCAUCGCCAUCAUCAUUGGAGGGGUAAAGCGCCGUUUUAUGGAUAUUGGAUUACGCACACAAAAGUUCGAUUUCAGACAUUCCGUUACCUUAUCUGACAGAAAAAAUGAAAUCUGCUGAAGAGGAUGCAUACACCCCCAACGUCAGUCUCUCCCAGGGAAACCCCUGCAUGCCUUCCCAAUACAACAGUCUCCAGUCUGGCCCCACCAUCUCAGUCUCCAUCAGCCAGCCUCCCAGCUACGGCGCCCGCAACAACAUGAGGACAGUGGGUUACUACUCCUCCCCUAGCAUCCGUCCAAAUGGGGCGCCAGCCCUCGAGAGCCCUCGUAUUGAGAUCACAGCCUACGGGCAGUUUCCUGAGGACAAGGUUGAAGAGAGCAACAACCUUACUGUGGCUAAACGGGUCAACUCCAUCGUGACCCUGACGUUGCCCAAUGCAGAUGGCUACCGUGACCCCAGCUGCGUCAGCCCGGCCAGCAGUGUGUCGUCACGCAGCUGCCACUCCGAGGCCUCGUCCUAUGAGUCGGGCUUCUCCUACAACUACGAAAACUCACCCCAGAACUCGCCCUGGCAGUCGCCCUGCGUCUCACCCAGGGGUUCCUCCUCUCUCGCCCUUCCGGGUGACGCUUGCGCCAAUGCGGGCUCCCCCCGGCACUCCCCCUCCACCUCCCCCAGCACCAGUGUCACAGACGACAGCUGGAUGGGCCAGCAGGGCUCCAGGCCCAACUCCCCUUGUGGUGGAAAGAGGAAAUACAGCUUCAAUGGAACCACAACCUCCAAGUACUCCUACUCCCCUAACCACUCCCCCGGGCCGUCCCCUCACACCUCCCCACGCCUCAGCGUCACAGGUGAGUCCUGGAUGCCUAACAACACCAACCAGUACACCAACUCAGCCAUAGUUGCAGCCAUCAACGCUCUGACCACAGACGGUGUGGCAGACCUGGUGGAGGGCAUCCCUCUGAAGGCCCGGAAGACCAGCCUGGAGCCUGGGGCAGUCUGCCUGAAGGUAGAGCCUGGAGGAGAGGAGCUCAGCCCUAGGGAGCUCUGUCAGGAUGAGUACCCCUUCUCCUGCCUGCCCUUUAAGAAGGAGAACUACUGUGGGGGAUUCCUGGAUGUGCCACAGCACCCAUACUCAUGGUCUAAGCCAAAGCAAUAUGUCAGCCCAUCUCUACCAGCCCUUGACUGGCAGCUGCCAUCCAGCUCGGGGCCGUACAGCCUGCAGAUCGAGGUGCAGCCCAAAUCUCACCACCGUGCCCACUAUGAGACCGAAGGGAGCAGAGGGGCAGUCAAGGCUCUGGCAGGAGGACACCCUGUGGUGCAGCUCCAAGGCUACAUGGAGAGUGAGCCCCUGACCCUGCAGCUAUUCAUUGGUACGGCAGACGACCGUCUCCUGCGGCCCCAUGCCUUCUACCAGGUCCACCGCAUCACCGGCAAGACCGUCUCCACCCCCAGCCAUGAGGUCCUGCAGUCCAACACCAAGGUGCUGGAGAUUCCACUGCUGCCCGAGAACAAAAUGCGCGCCAUAAUUGACUGCGCUGGCAUCCUGAAACUUCGCAACUCGGAUAUCGAGCUGAGGAAGGGCGAGACGGACAUCGGGCGUAAGAACACACGUGUGAGGAUGGUGUUCCGGGUUCACAUCAACCAGCCCACAGGAAGGACAUUGUCCUUGCAGGCUGCAUCCAACCCCAUAGAGUGCUCCCAGAGAUCAGCCCAGGAGCUGCCCUUGGUGGAUAAGCAGACCUUGGAGACGUGCCCUGCUGCUGGGGGAGAGAGGAUGCUCCUCAGCGGACACAACUUCCAGCACGACUCCAAGGUGGUGUUCGUGGAGAAAGCCCAAGAUGGCCAUCACCUAUGGGAGACAGAGGCCAAGGUUGACAAGGACUCCUCCAAGUCUACAUCUCUUCUCAUUGAAAUCCCUCCUUAUCGGAACCAGAGGAUAUCCAAUCCUGUUCAGGUGAACUUCUAUGUGUGCAAUGGCAAGAGGAAAAGGAGCCAGUACCAGCACUUCACCUACAUGUCUGCCAAUGUUCCAAUGAUAAAAACGGAGCCGAAUGAUGACUACGACCCCCCCCAGGUGUGUCCCCAGCGUGGCCCUGGCCUGGCGCUUCGCCCCAAGCCUUACUACACCCCACAGGUCAUGACCUCCAUUAUACCCACAGAACUCCGGCCGUGUGUGGGGGGCACCUACUCCGCCUGCCAACGGAGACUGGGAGGGAAGCCUUCCUCACUGUCCUCCUCAUCCUCCCCCAGCACAAGUCCCAAACUGCAUGACCUGUCACCCACCACGCCCUUCUCCAAGUGCCUGUCAGCAGGCCCAUCCCAGUCUCCGAUCCCACAUGUCUCCAUCAUCCAAGAGAGUCCUGGAUGCUACCAGCCGCAAUCUGUCCUCUACCCACCCAGUAGUGCCUCAUCCUCACCAGGCUCACAGCCCUCCACCCCUGACACCAGCUGCCUGGAAGCCCCGUUCUCCCCUACCCACUGCCUAACGCCGCCCCAGCCCAUCAGUGGCAGCUCCAGCCCAGUGACCCAACAGAGAGGCAGCCGCUCCUCGAGCCCCACGUUGGCCAUUAACAUCAAACAGGAGCCAGAGGAACUGGACCAGAUGUACCUAGAUGAUGUCAAUGAGAUCAUCAGGAACGACCUCUCAAGCAUCUCUGUCCACAGUCAUGCGUAGCACCACUUUCAUCAUGGACACAGGAGGACUGAAGCAGAAGAAAGGGAAAUACCAUACUGUACCAAUCAUUUUUACAACGUCUGCAUGCUUGGACUACAGUAUGCAGGAAGCCCAAAAAACAACCAAGGGGAACAGAGAUUGAGCAUCUUGAAGAUUAGAAUCUAAUGUGUGCCUUUCAGAAGAUUCGCCAAUGUAUAAAAAUUGAAGAUGAAAUGAAAUGGCUGAUCUCUCAGAAAAUAAAAACAGGCGUACUAUGCAGCACCGCACCUUCCAGCCUCAACCCCAAUAAGUAUGCUUUUUAGUGGACCAAUAAUUUUGUUUUUUCACUUCUGUCUGCAGAUAUUGUAAAUGAUUCAGUGCCUGAGUGUACGUUUUGUGUACAGUGCUUCAGAUUGUUUUGUGUAUCUGGCAAUUCAAUGAGAUGAUUUAAUCCAAAAUAAGUGCCUUUGACUGGAAAUAGGAAAUGGUGAGAAUUAAAGGGCAACUGCACUUCCUGAUUUGGCCUUGUUUUUCAUCAAUGCUCAUAAAGAAAUGCUAGCGGAAUCACAACAAACAAGCUAGCUUUGCUAUGGCGAGAACAACGUUUUGAAGAUGACUUCUCCCCUCCUGACUGACUCGCCUUCUCAAGAUGGUCAGCUAAUUCAGUUCUACAGUAUGUGUGAGCCUGUGUUUAGUCAAGCUGACAGCAGGUAGCUAGCGUAGCUUGGUGAUAGGAUAGCCAGCUGCAGCUAUCUAGCUAAUAUUUCUCUGUCAAAUCAGUUAUGGCAAGAUAGCAAGAGACAGUGUCUGGAAUGUGUUUCAUAAGACACUCGUUCUACAACACCUUGCUACGAAAGUAGCUUAGAACUUAGUUUCAGUGUUUCGACAAGUAAUGUAAUGCAUGUUACCGUGGAAAUGGUUUAAACCUCGAGUUGAACGCCUGCACUUAAGUCAGCUCAGCUGUCCACCAACACAAUAUUCUAUAACUGGCUAGUUUUGUCUCAUCUCUCCUUAUGUCCACUGUUACAUCUUUCCCAGGGGGACAAAUCCCCAAACUACUAAUAUCCCUAAAACAGGUGUCGCCUAGCCUACAUCUUGACAUUGCACAAACAUAGACCAGCUUGACAUUUAUCGCCCCCCCCAAAAAAGGGAUGAGUUUGUGUUACAAAGACAAAGUAUUGUAUAAUGUAAAUAUCAUAUUGAUGUGCCUACACUUAGCUAGCAAAUAGAGUACAACUGAGUACAACUCCAGCUGUCUAACCAGAACGGCAUUCUAUUUGGCCAAAUCUAAGGAUUUGUCUGUCUAACCACACACUGACAUGCACAGCUCUCUGGGUGGGGAGGUCCCUUUAAUCUAUGUAAUGUAUUACAGGUUAUAGACAAGUGCAGUCAGGUCGCAGGAGGAGUGGAGUGCAUGACAGUCCAUCCUGGAUAUGACAGAGUUUGCCUUAACCCAUGGGUCCUGCAGGCAGAGUUCAAUAACUACAGGCAGAUGUGAGAUGCAGGAGAAUGGCCCUCUUUUCAUACCACUUUGUAGGCUAACUGACCAAUUCAAGGCUCCAUCCAGGAGCCUACCGAGUAAUAUGAGAAGAGUGCAAUUGUUAAACUUAUGUAGAUAUUCUAAACAAAGUGUUUUGAUAACUUUCAAGUGUAACAGUUCUAUGUAUAAUAAACCAUACUUCACAUAAUACUGUAGAAGAAGUGUUCUGAUAAUGUGCAAAUAUUGUACCUUCCUGUAUGGUGUCCUGUGUAAGACAAGAGUUCCCUGACAUUUUUGAAGAAUACACAGGGUCCCUCCCCCCUAUUGAUAGUACCAUUCAAUUCAAUAGUAACAAAAGAUGAUACAAAGUAAUAGAUGUGUCUUGUAUAAUUGUAAUGCUGAGUGCAACGUCUCUCCCAGUUCAGACAUCAGUAUCAACUUGUCUUUCAGUCAGAGGACUCCAUUUCAAAAGCAUCUCUUCUGCCCAGCUGUAGAAAAAUGAGGAAGAGUUAAUGAGUGACAUGUAUUGAAAGGGUGAUAUUACUAAACACUUGCGAUGUACUCUCUUAUUAGUAAUCACCUUUUGUCCCUUCUGAGGUGUUUGCCAAUGCCUGAUGGGCAUGGCAGUGUAGAUCAGCUCCAGGCCCCUCUCGUCACAGAUACUGGUCAUGAAGGAGCCCGACUUCGGCUCCGAUAUGGGACCCAGAUCCUAUAUCCCAAAGGCGGGGAGAAAGACUGUCACUAUAUAGUCAUGGAAGCCAAUAGUUAUUUCACGGUUGAACAUAGCCAAUCAGAAAUCCUGAUUCAUAGCUAAUUCACAAGGGACACGUGCCAGCAUGGCACUGACUGGUUGGCAUUACUCACUGAGGCCCAGGAGUAGUCCAUUGGCACAGUGGAAGGGGCCACCUCCUUACAACAUACAAUACAUGCAUAUAUACACGGCACUCAUUAUAUUAUGAAUGGUGAUUAGGUGAAUUUCAGGACAGAUAGUAAUUUUGACCAUUGACCACACCAAAUGUGACCUCCAUUACUCUGAAGCAGGGCUGGUGCCUCACCACUGCCUCAGCCUUCUGUAACAGCUCCUAAUAUGGUAUGGGGUUACUCACGAAGCUGCUGAACAACAAAUCCACCAGGUUUUGUAUGUAGCCUGUGAAUGGAAUAACAUAUCAUCACUUAAUAAUAUAGCAAGAGAAAUAAUUUCCUCUAGUUUGGAAGCAAUUUAUAUGCUAAUAGAGGGACUGUAACUACGGAAUAGAUUCAGGCCGGUGACGCUGAUGCCAUUGCUAUGCAACCAGCUGUCUACGUUGCUGAAUGUUUACUGAUAUGUUUUGCUAUUUGCUGCCAGAGUCAUAGCUAUAUUUACAGUAGACAAGUGCCAUCCUACAUUUAUUUUUGCCCUAGAGAAUACAUGAUAAACUUUUAUGAGAACAGGCAUGUUGUUUUGGGUUAGCAGACAAAGCCCCCGAAUGCUAGCUAGAGACCUAACUUGUAAAUCCGGGUUAGUUAUAUCUUUAUACGAGUUUCAAAUGAAUUGGCUAGCUAGCUAACGUAACAUUAGCUAUCCAGUUCGAGUUAAAACAUUAUUGAAAACAAGCUGGCUACAUCCUAUGACUAACUAACAAGCUAGUAUCCAAGUGCUUGCCCUGUUAUUGACCCUAAAUGCCAAUGGGCUACAGUUAUCUGUUGUUACCAAGGUAACCAGCUAACGUGAGCUAUGCACAUCUUCCUCUGACAUGCUACAUCACAUUACACAUUAGAGUAAUGUAUUUAUCUAGUUACAGUAUCAUUCCCCUUUCAUCUGUGGUAUCACAGCUAGCCUGGCUCGCUAGCAUGAUCAAAUAAUGUUUUAUAAUAGGGUGUCCUGCCCAGAGUGGGUGAAAACGUGCUUUGGUGAUGAUAUUUCACUUCCUUAUGUUAUAAAAUAAAUUUUACCAAGACAAAUAUGAUUAUUUAUGUUCUGAAUCGUUCCGUGGGGUCUUUCUCUAACAUUAGUAACCUAAUACAUCCAAUAAUAAGCACGGAGCUCUGUUGACAUAGCGGUGAAUUAAAUAUAAAAAGCUUUGAAAAUAAAACGCUUGGUUUAUGGUCAGUGACAUUUCACAGAGAUACGUUUGUUUUUGUGAGAAAUCUUUUUUUUAAAUAGGAAUUGACUUAAUAUGAAAAGCGUAUACUAAAAUAUGAAAAUACUACAUGCCAUGUCUCAAAAUCAAUAUCCAUCUUACCUCUAUAUUGUUUUAUGUCUUGCAGAUUCGAGAAAAGAUAUGAUUUCAACAGGAAAGUGAGGUAGCCAGUCGCCUUAUGAUGGCAUUUUUCACACCCUAUGUAUAACCAAAAGUAGCUACUAAAUAGCUAGUACCAUUUAUCUAUUCGGCUAACAUACUCACCAACACCAGUCGUUUGACGGUUGACAGGCAGCAGAAUUGACUGUGUCAAGUACAAUCUAUUCCUGGCCAUCUAGCAAUAUUGUUGAAAUGCAUUGGGAGUUUGCAGCAACUUUAUGGAAGCCUAUUUUCACUCCUGUUUGCUGAGGGAAACGUGCGUGUGUUGUAUCCAUAUGCAGACUUGACAUUAAAUGUCCACAUGGUACGACAACGUGUUGUCUCUAGGCAAUUGGGCAUCAUCUGCAAAAGUGGCCAUGUAAGUAAUCCAUACCCAACCCCCUAGUAAGUCGUGACGAACGCACUUACAAAACUCUGUUUUGGACGAGACUGACUUUAUAAUAAAAAUUAUUCUAUUUACACUUUGCAGUCAAUUUUGACACUAGAAUGAAUUUGACUCAUAUCGGUGCCACAUAGGCCGUUUAAAACCAGUGAUGUUAGUUCCAAGGGGCAGUUGACCUUUAAGCACUUGUUCACACUCACCAAUGAUUGCAUUACCUGCAUGUUCAAUUUUACUUUUGAUCUGUUGUUUAGUAUAGCUUUGUAUGUUUGUGACUUGAGCCAUUUCUUCAAGUCACCCAAGGACUGAGAAAUGGCAUCAACAUUGAGUCCUUGAGUACAGUGAGUUAAAAGCACAUGCCUUAUAAAAGACAAAGACCUCAAUCUGUUCAGGUGUAUAUUUAUUUUAAGGAAAUACAACUAGGGCAAUGUGUUGGCUAUGUUGUCAAGAGGAUUUUGAAGAUAUUCAAGGCUAGUGCCUUUUGGAAAGCCAAAAUGUCAUCUCAAGUACCAGUGCCGUCUGUCCUGUUGGGAUAAUGCAAUGUUUGCAUUUCAUAUGCUUGAUUAGCCAAUAGUCAGCUUGUGAUAAUAACUCUGUUGCUUACUGGACAAUGCUUGAUUUGCUUCUGCUUCAUAUGGUUGCCAUAUGCUAAUUCAAAUGAAUUGCCUUUACAUAGGUAUUACAUAGUUGUGUAGUUCUUGUCUACAAGAUACUGAGGGAAAGAAUUAUGCUGGAAAAAAUAUGUGAAUGGGAUUGAGCAUAUACAGCAGGUUUUCGCCACACUAAUCAUGCCAUCCCUGAAAUUCAGUUUUUUUUGUUUCGCUUGUACAAACAGUGGGGAAUCUGGUAAUACAUAUAUUAGCAAUCAUUCUUUCAUUCAUAUGAAAGGAAGAAAUCAUCUCACUUUGGUUAAAUUGUCAACUUGAAAAUAAUUCCUGGAUACCUAUGCAAUAUGCUGAUAUAGCGUUUGUUUCUCAAAUAAUGUAUGCAUUUAAGACUGUAAUAGAAAAAGGUGUCUCUUAUGUACAUUUAUUAUUUCCUUUAAUCCAAAGAAUUGGUAACAACGGUGAAAAGCAAUAUUCUCACGUAGGAGAUCAAAAACUUUUACAUUUUUUUUAUAAGUAUGUAUUUAUUCUUAUAGCAUGUACUUUGUUUAUUCAAGUGUUUCAUGUAGCUCCUCAUAUUACCAAAUGGUUAACUAUAUAAUACACUACAAUAUAUAGAAUUCUAAGAUUCAGUUUGUAGAAUGCACAAUAGCUAGACUGAAUACAUGCUAAAUAAUCCGAUUUUUGCUUCAUUGUAUCAUUAGCUCGCAUAAGUUCCCUUAUUACAACUGCAUUUAUUUCUGCUCUUUUAUAUUAAGUCUUAAUCCAUGAAUUUAAAGGAAAUUAACAAAGCCAUGAAGCCAUGUUUACUGAAAAGUUGACUAUUAUAUUGUUCAGAUAUGCAGAUUCAUUGUUCAAAGUUUUUUUUGUGGGCUCCAAUUCUGCUUCAUAUACUGUAUGCAUUGUCAAUAAUAAAUACCUUCUUUUGAAUGCUA